CGCCCACCCUCAACCAAGAACAGCUCCGGCGCCGGCGCCGAUGUCGGAAAACCAGCUGUACGACGCCGCCCUGGCCGGGAAUACGACGCUCCUAGGUGCAUUACUCCAGCAGGACCCGUUUCUUCUAGAAAGGGUUUCCUACAACUGUCCCGACAAAACUCCGCUCCACGUGGCAACCAUCAAGGCUCACUCCACUUUCGUCGCGGAGGUCCUGGACCGCGCUCCUCACCUCGCGCGCCAACUCGACGCCGGAAAAUCGUCGCCGCUGCACAUAGCGGCGGCCGAUGGCCACGUCGAGAUCGUGCGGAGGCUGCUGCUGGCGGCGCCCGGCAUGUGCUUGUCACGUGACGGCCAAUUCCGAAACCCCGCCCAUCUCGCCGCCAUGAACGGCCAUGUCGCCGUCCUGUCGGAGCUUGCCGAGAAAUUUCCCGCGGCCGUCCGGGAAAAGGACGGCAAUGGCAACACUGUCUUGCACAUUGGAGUUGACGCCAGACAAGUCGAGGUAGUCGAGUACUUGGCAAGAAUAUCCGACGUAAACCUCCACGCGAAAAACACCGAGGGGCUAACGCCGGUAGCCAUGCUAGACCAAUGUAUUCCGCGGGACGCAACUUCUUCGAGGAUAAAGAACAUUCUUACAUCGAAAUUGCACGACUCGGGCUACGCCAAAAAUCAACCGGUUAAAUGGCUAACAAAAAAGCGCGACGCCAUAAUGGUGGUAGCGAUUCUUAUAGCAACAAUGGCUUUCCAAGUCGGGGUUAACCCUCCCGGCGGCGUCUGGCAGGAUGACUCUGGCCCAGAUUCAAAUGGAUUGUACCCGCACCGGGCAGGGGAAGCUAUAAUAGCUCAUAACCAUCCCAAAUCGUUUAAGGCCUUUAUGCGCGUCAACACCAUCGCAUUCAUCGCGUCCCUAAGCACGAUCUUGCUUUUAAUUAGCGGGUUGCCGUUCCGGCGGAGGCUUUUCAUGUGGGUUUUGAUGGUGAUUAUGUGGCUGACGAUCACGUCGACUGCGGCGACGUAUGCGAUUGCAAUCGCCGUCGUGACUCCCGGGAAGGACCGGAAGUCGUUCAACCAUGUCACCGAGAUUGCGCUCGUCGUGUGGUGCAGUGUUAUGCUGAUUCUCUUCGUCGGGAAUACGGUCCGGUUGGUGGACCGGUGGCUGCAGAAGAGAGGGGUUGUGUUGUGGCGGCCCAAAAUGCCAAAAAACUUGUCUGAAGUGAGUCAUGUAUGACAGUGUUCGUGUUAGAAGAAAAGACUGAUGACCGCAAGAUUAUUAGUUCAAAUUUUAUUGGCAACAAAAAGUAAAAUACAUCUCUUUGAUUGCAAUGUAAGAAACGGCGUAAGUUUUUUUUAUAUUUAUUCGUCGGUUUACCUAAUACUUUUUUAAUCAUACAAUUUUCAAUAAAUAUU